CACACACACACACACACACACACACACACACAGAGAGAGAGAGAGAGAGAGAGAGAGAGAGAGAGAGAGAGAGAGAGAGAGAGAGAGAGAGAGAGAGAGAAUGUGGUGUUCAAGGUCAGAAGCGCGAGAGGUUGGUAGUGGUGAUGGACGAACUGAUGGUGAAGGAGGCAGUGGAGGGGGAGAAAAGGGGGAGGGAUUGGGCUCGGGAGAGCGGGAGCAACUGCGGCAUCGAGGUCGCGGCGGCGGGUACGUGCCGUCCUGCAGAGGCCUGCACGCGCUUGGUGGUCUCGAUACCUGCUGCUGGCUCCUUGCUGUCACCUGCUGCUUGGCCACCUGUCUUCUUUCUCUCCUUGGGCUUUCUGCAGCGGCCGAGGCUUCAGAUCCCAAUCGGAUGCGAUGCGUUGAAGAUCUACAAGGGGUGGGGGAUCUCUCCACUCAUUGUCUUGUGAAUGGUCAGGUGAAUAUUCACUCCGGAGUAACGAUAAUCGAAGGAGCCGGCAGUCUCUCUCUCUCUCCGUCGGCCUCUCUCAACUGCAGGUCGUUUCCAUCCGAUGGAGAGAGAGAGAGGGGGGAGAGGGAGGAGAGGGAGGAGAGGGAGGAGAGAGAGGAGUGCUCUCUCACCGUGCGGCUUGCCGGGACCUUGGCCAUGGAGUCGGGCUCGAAGAUAACGGCCGGAAGACUAAGUAUCGAUGUCGGUCGUGCUGUAGUUGCGUCGGACGCUUACCUCAUUGGAGGAGGAGGAGGAGGAGGAGGAGGAGGAGGAGGAGGAGGAGAGAGAGGAGGCAAGACGUUCGACUUAUCUAGGGGAUCAGGUUCGGCAGAUGCUCGUGGUGGGUAUCUGAGGCAGAGAGUGGAGGGUGAGGAGGAGGAAAAGGGAGGACUUGGAGGAGGAGGGUUGGAAAAAGGGGGGAAGGGAGAGGGACCUGGAGCUAUGAUCGUGGAAUUUGAAAGUUGGGGGGGGGGGGAAGGCGGAAGUUAUGGGGGUCUUGGGGCCAGCUGUAGUUUCGGAUGCGAUCCGUGGGGAGGAGAGAUGUAUGGCUGGGAUUCGCUGAUGGAACCUAGUCAAAGCGGUGGAUCAGGUUCGGGCGCUGGAGGAGGUCCGGGAGGAGGCUCCGUAAAUCUGACGGUGGUCGGCGACCUCCUUCUCGAUGGAGUCGUUUCUGCAGAUGGAACUCAUGGACAGGAGGGAGCGGGAGGUGGGGCGGGUGGUUCCAUAUACAUCAGAGCGCUGAAUAUGUGAGUUCUCCCUAUAAUCGUGAACAACUAAAACAACAAAAGAAAAAAAAAAGG